AUGUCGAUCCUCCACCUCUCAGCUGUAUCCAGAUGGAUGAAGAAACGACUAAGGUAUCGCAGUCCAGCCAGGAUCGCCAUCACCCAGUCCUCGAUGUUGCUUAACCUUCCUGACGAAAUGAUCCUACGUAUCCUCUCACACCUCGAUGUCACCGAGAUACUUGCUUGCGCGAAGCGGAUAGUACGGGAGGCCACGGUCGACGUCGCUCAAAACCUGGUUGUCGUUUUCACAAGCGUACUCGGCACUUGGAGCGCCGAAUUCCACCUCCUGAGUCUCGACGACACAAAACCACACCAUUUCGCCGGAAAUUCGGUGUUUCACUCGAGUUUAUUAACACCAGGCCCGGACGACCAUCCCAGCAUCAUGAUCAAAACCCUCCAAAUUAGGGAGCGCUAUCUGUCGUAUGUCAUCGCGUCUCACCAAUGGGGCUCAUCAGACGUCGAAAUAUGGGAUUGGACGGUUCAAGAGAAGAUCUGGUCCCACCAUUACGAGUCAUGGUGGAUCAUGCAAGCCAUUAUCGGCGACGAUAUAAUUAUCGUCUCCUCUGCCGCAAGAAAUACGCUCGACGUCUACGACUUCACCUCAGACAGCGCUCACAACCGUCCUCUGUUCUCGAUUAGCCUCCCGCCCGCAACAGGAGGGAAGGCCGUGCGCAUCGUCGACAUGCACACCUCCAAUCCUCCAAAAUCUACCUUUCUCCAUCCCGUCGGCCCCUCACGCCCGUUCCAGGUCGACCCGGCCUCUGCCAUCAUCUCGGUCGAGUUCACGGUCCGCGACGUCUCUUCCAUAGUAAGCGGAUUCCACGGCGCGCCGCACGACUUCACUCUCCUCAUCCCGCACUCCACCAUACGAACGCUCGUGGGCUCGACCACCUUCCCCCGCGGUCACCUCUAUCCGUGGUCCGAGUGGGGUCCGCGUGGGAGCGCGCUCCUCCACUGCACGGAGGCGCAGAGCGCGCACGUCGUCCUGCGCCCGUACGGCCCGCUCUUCCCUGUCGUCUGCAUGGACAAGCGCGGACCGCCGCCCUGGCCCGCGGCGUUCAUCGACCUCAACCCUUGGGCGAGAUACCGACCUCCUGCGGAACCCCCUCUCGACUCGGAUCAAGGCGAAGAAGAGGCUCAGGCAGCGCGAGAGCGGGACGCGGAGGUGCAGCGGCGCGUGCGCCCGAUGCUGUUCGACGAUCCGGACGAGCCAGAGCGGUACCGCGAGUUCUUCGCAGCGCCCGUGCGCACGAAGCUGCUGUACACCGUGCACACUGGGCCAGGUGUGUUCUUCAUCGGCUCGCGGGCGACGACGCGGGUCGACGCGGUGGACGGGGGCUUGGUCGCCGUGUACGAACAUGAGGAGGAGAACCGCACCUUGGGAUUCGAUAUUUACACUGUAUAG